UUAUGUUGUUUAUGUUUUAAUAAACAAGAAAAUAUUGUUUUCAUUUUCUUUUUUUUCUUUUUUUUCAAAAAAAAAAAAAAAAAAAACAGUUUUACAUGUUUUAUUUAGAAACAAUAAAUAAAUAUUAAAACAAUUAAAAAUGUUCGCUUUAUUAAGCGAAUUAAAAUUAUGGACAUUAAAUGAAGAUGUUUGUAUUAAGGACACAGAUUUUGGUGCAUUUAGAUAUUAUGACAAACGAAUUGAAAAUGUUUAUGCAGAAGGAAAACGUUCCUAUUGUGAAAAACGAGGAAUGAUUUAUACACCACAAAAUAAAAAAGGAAUAAAACUCAAAGAUUCUCUCAAAUAUUUAGAGGAACAAUUAAAAGAUCAUUCAACAAUAUAUUGUCAAUGGAACGAUCAUUGUACAGUAACUUUAAUGCUUGGAACUGGUUUGCUCAUUUAUAUUCAAAUAAGCGUUCAAUCAAAUGAUAUUGAAAAAAUAGUUUUUGAUAAAUAUUUAGUUGGAAAACUCUCCGAUCAUAUUUCCGAUGUUGUAAUUACAAAAAAUCAUUUGGUUUGCACCUAUAAUGAUAGUCAAGUGACAAUGGUGCAUUUUACAAAAACAAAAAGACAUUUUUUCGACAAAAUUAGUCGAUUGGAGCCGAAAAUAAAUUCUUUUGAACUUUGCGGUCCAAGUAAUCGUCGAUUAGACAAAAAAAUUCAAUCAAAUCGUUCCGGCGAUUUAAUAUUAAUUUGGUGGAAAUCGGCAAUGAAUGAAAUUUAUCCAUGGAGUCCAACGAUAAAAGAACAUGAUCGAGCAAAUGUACAAAUUCAUCGAUUAAAUGGAUUAAAAAUGGAUUUAAUUUGUUAUUUGCGAACUGAAUAUGAUCCACUUUGCAUAACAUUUAAUACAUUACAUGAAAAUGUAAUUCACUCGAUAGAACAAAAAGUUUCUCGAAAGGGCGAAAUCACAAUUGAAUGGAGGACAUAUGAAGUUUCGCAGCAAGAUAAAUUACAAAGAAUAAAUGUAGUUUCGAUACCAAUUACAACGCAUACGAGUUGUGUGAAAUUUUCUCCAAAUCAAGAAAUGCUGUUACUUUGUUGUAUCGAUGGUUCGAUAACAUUGCAUGAUCAACCAAAAGGCACGAGUAAUACCGUCAAAGCUGCUUUUAUUCCGACAUUUGCAAGUUGGCAUGGAGAUGGAAUAAUUUUUACACUUGGCAAUGAAAGGGGACAAUUUCAACAUUUUGAUAUUGCAUUUUCUUGCAUUAAAAGUCAAAUGUUAACUGAAGAGUCAACAUCAAUGAAUAUUUUAGAUCUCUCUUUUUAUUUUAGAAAUCAACCGAUACUUUUUCGCAUGGAAUGGAGUAAAUUACCAAUGGAAGAAUUUAAUAUUCAACAUUAUAAACAAAGUGAUGCACUUUUUUUAUUAUUAUUUGAACGAGGACCUAUGGGAGUUAUUAAAAUAAUUGAAGGAUGCAAUUAUCCCGGCGAUGCAUUAAUUGAAAAUUAUUUAAAACUCGAAUUACCCGAUAAAGCAACAUCUCUUUUACUUUCAAUGAAUUGGGAUUUACACACUAAAAAUUGCAUGCAUUCACUUAAUCAAAUUGUCAAUUAUCUUUUUAAAUUUCCUCUAACUCCCGAAAGAGAACAUUUAAUACAAAUUGCAUUGGGAAGUUUUCACGUACCAGUGAGACCAAUAAGUCAAAUAGUUGAAGAAGAAUAUGGAGAUGAAGUUCGUGAUUUAACAAGACGAUUUUUUCAUCAUCUUCUGAGAUUUCGACUUUUUGAAAAAGCUUUUAGAUUAGCGAUAGAUUUAAAUGAUCAUGAUUUGUUUAUGGAUAUUCAUUUUUAUGCAAUUGCAAUGAAAGAUACAGAAUUGGCGAAUGCAGCAAAAGAAAAAGCCGAACAAAUUUUAAGCAGAUCCAAUAGUUGCGACGACAGUUCACAUUCCACGUGUUCGCGUCCAUCAUGUUCACUUUGUUCCGAUUCAGUGAGCGAUAAAGAUGACGAUUCAUUCACAGAUGAAUCAGAAAAUAAUGAGAAAUUAUUAAAUUUAAAUCGAAAUCGUUCAAAAUUAAUAAAUAGUCAAGCGCCACCACUUCCGGUUCUUCAUUCUUCUCUCUAUCCAAAUACAACUAAUUUUACAAUUCCCUUUAAUGAUUCAAAAUUUGAAAAAAAUGAUGGUAAUUUAAGAUCAACAUUUAAUUUAUCCACAUAUUUACCUGGAUCAUUUAAUAAUUUAAUUCAUUUAAAUUCACAAUUAAAUAAAAAUUCCUCCCCAUCAUCAUCGUCAUUGUCAUUGUCAAGGCAAAUAAAUUCCAAUUUUUCCCAAUCGCUUAGCAAUAUUGAAAGUUUAAUUCCAAAUUAUUCUAAUUCAAAUUUAAAAUCAUUUAAUAAUUCUAUUGAUCAUUUUGGAAAAACAUCAUUUAAUGGUAAAAUUUCCGAUGAAUUGACAAAUUAUGGAAAAUCAUAUGGCGAAGUUAGUGAAAAUUUUGAACAAUUUGGCAAAUUUUGUACAAAAGAAAAAUCAUUUAUGGAGAAAAAUUUUUCAAAUACACAAUUAUUAGAAACGCCAAAUGAAAUGAAUUUAUCAUUUAAUGGAAAAUCAAGGGGAUUAUUUAAUCCUGUAAGUUCUCUUUUUUAUAAUUCAAAUAAUGUUCCUUUUAACGAUUCCGAUGAUGAUGAUGAUGAUGAUGAUGAAGAAGAGGAAAAAGAAGAAGAAGAGAAAAAAAUACCCGAAAAAGAAGAAGAAGAAGAAGAAGAACAGAAAAUUAAUUUAAUUUCCAAAAAUUCACCGGUUUUUCAAACAAUUGAACAGAAAAAAAGUCAAAGACUCUCGGCAUUUGAUAUUCCACCACCGCCAUCAAUGUCAACGAGUUUAGCGAAAUAUAUAAAAAAUUUGCCGAAAAAAAAUAUCCCCUUAUCAAGAAGUACUUCCGGAUUAAUUGAAAUGGAAGAUUCUUUAUUAAGAUUACAAAAUUCAAGAUCAAUUUCAAAAUUAGGACAAAAUUCGAGUUUAAAUUUUCUAUUAAAUCACAAUCAUAAUCAUCAUAAUCAUCAUCAUCAUUAUCAACAUCAACAACAACAACAACAACGAAAUAGUAAAUUUCAAUCAACGAAAAAUUAUAAAUUAAAUUAUGAUUUAAAUCAUGUGCCAUGUACGGCAAGUUGUGAUAAUUUAUCAACAACAAUGAGAAAUAUUUAUCAAGGAAGAAGUGGUAACGAUUUAAAAGAAUCGAAAUUAUUUCGUAUUGGACAGGAAAAAAAGGAGGUGAAAAAAUUUUCAAAUAUUCCACCAUUGCCAGUUAUUAAUUCAAAUUUUAAACAUUAUUCAAUGGAAAUUGCUAAUACAUCGUCAAAUGAAAAGCCAAAAGUCAAAUUUUCCGAUACUGUCACACAUAUUCUUGUUCCUGGAAGUGGACAAAUUUAUAGGCCAUUGCAAAAAAGAUCAAUAAUGCAAUUGCAUCCAAUGGAUCCAAAAAGAGAAUUAGCUGAAAGUUUACCACUUUGUUUAGGAAAUGAUGAUUAUCUCAAGGAUUUUCAACCUCUUUCAAAAGAUGGAACUUCAAAAACAAAAGAUCCUCCAAAAACAGAAGAGACUGCAAAAAUAAAAGUCGUACACUUUGGCCUCUUGUGAAAAAUGAAAAAUCGCACAUAAAAAAAAAAAAAAUAGAUUAAGUAGAGAAUCUAAUUUUCAUUUAAAUAAAACAAUAGAUUAUAGUGUUUUAUAUUUUUGUACAAACUUAGAAGGAAGAUAUAUAGAAAUAAUUAUAAAUAUAUUAAUAAAAUAAAAUAAAAACAAUUUUUUUUCCAUAUAAAUGAAA